AUGGAUCCCAAUCCAUUUCCUCCACCAGUAAGACGCAGAAGAGGCAAAGGGGGAAUCAACCUUUUGGCCAACAAUGACAGGAACAGACCAGGGCAAACUGGAGGAAUCAUCCGAAUUUUGAAGAAGAGGAAGAACACAGGGAGGAAGUUCUGCCUAGGCCAUACAGAAUGGAGCGCAGGAUUGACCACAUCCAUCCAGAACAGGGGUGAAAUUCGUACCCUGUCAACGCUUUGA